UUCGGUUUCAGUUCGGUUUUUGAAGUUUCAAUUCGGAAUUCCGAAUUUGGAAUGAUUGUUAUGUUGAUAAUGUGAUAGAGGUUGUAUCACAGGAAAACUUACUGAAGAAUUUCUAUAAGAUAAAGAAAUGGAUAAUCCAUCUUCUUUUGCUGAAAAAUAUGUCCCUGGUUCUGACGCCGAUUCAAGUGACAUAUUUAAAUUCCCAUAUACCAUUGAUAGAGAAACUAUAGACUUCCUUAGGGAACAUGGCAGAAUAAUGUUUAUUAUUCGAGGUCCUCCUGGUACCGGAAAAGAUUCUUUGAGUAGUAUGCUGGCUGACUGUUAUAAAAAUGCUUCAGUUUUUUCAGCUGAUUCAUAUUUCAAUGACACAUUUGCUAAAUCUAAGAGAGACAGCUCAAGCUUGAAAAAGUCUCAUGAAUUUUGCCAAAAGAAAGUUCAUAAUGCUUGCAUUAAAGGAAUCCAUCCAAUCAUCGUGAAAAAUACCCACAUAAAGAAAUUUGAAGUACAGAAAUAUGUGGACUUUGCUGCUGAGUAUAACUAUACUAUUAUCAUGGCUAUUACAACUCACAAAAUGAAAGUGACUCCAGAGAUUCUUGCUAAAAGCAAUACUAAGGGAUUAAGUGUGAGUUAUUUCCAAAAACGUUUGAAGCAGUGGGAAGAUUUCAUUCCAGUUAAUACUGGUUGGUUUUUGAAUAUACAUGAUUCAUCUUUCCUUCUGAAGCAAGUGCAAAUUUAUCUAAAUUCUUUAUUGAGAGACGGAAAGUUCUGUCGAGUAUUUGAUAUUUUUGAUGAAGGCCAAUUUCGAGGAUAUUUCAAACCCAGAAAGUUGCUGUACUGUAUAGCUGCUUGUGGAAAGAAUAACACACCUGAUGAAAUAAGACCAUAUUACCAGAGUGAUUCUGUGAAGCAGCAUUAUGGUGAAUGUUUCCCAAUAGUUAUACAAGGAUAUAUUGUAACAUUAUCUUAUGUUGCAGCUCUGAUUUAUUUAAAUAAAACAAUGAGAAAUCUUGUGUUCAUGAAGCAUAAUGAUUUUGUUUCCACUGAAGAUGAUGAGGUUGACAUGCUUACAUCUGCUCUAGCCUCUGUUCAGAUAUCAAAUGACAAUUUCAAAAAACAUUGCUCUACAACAAAAUUUGAAUAUUCAGCUAAAUCUACUUUUCACCAGAAAGAAGAUGAAAUAAGAGAAGAUAUUGAUAUCAAUAAUUGUAGCUACUUGAUCCUGGCUCAACAUAAUAAGGAUGAAGCCAAACCACCAAGGGAGCUGAUUAAUUUAUUUUCUGAAUUAUUAAGCAAUGAAGCGGAUGGAGAUGGAAUAAUAGAAUUAAAUAAGAUGAGAUUAAUGGAGGGAAGAUUUAGAUAUUGUAGAUUACCUGAUAAUGCUUGGCUAAUCAGACCUUCUACAGAUUUGUAUUUCAAAGCUGUUUUUACUGGAUUAUAUGUAUAAAUCAUGCUUGUUAUGUGAAUAAUGAAAUUGUUUUAAUAUUAUUAAUUGAAUUUUAAAUAUUUUACUCAUUAAAUUUCAAGCACAUCUUUUUUGUUAUUA